AUGGAUAGAAGAAGGAACAUUGCAAGGAGGACCGAUGAAGAGAGUGUGAAUGAGGCGGUUCCCCCUCAAGCUCCUCAAAACCGUCAAGUUCCUAUUGAAGAAGGGGCUAUGUCUAAUGUUGAGAUAAGGUCGGCUAUUCAUAAUUUGACUCAAGUGUUGGCCACUCAAGUUGCUAGGGAUGCUAGGGUGAAAGUUUUUCCCCUUGAACUAAGGGAGAGGAAAAUGCAAGAAUUCAUCAACCUCCAUCAAAGGGAUAUGAGUGUGAAGGAGUAUGGCCUUAAGUUCACUAAAUUGUGCAAGCAUGCUCCUACUUUGGUGUCGGUCUCUAGAGCUACAAUGAACAAAUUUGUUAUGGGGGUAUUCGAUCUUGUGGUAAAUGAAUGUAGAUCGGAUAUGCUAAUCCCAAGCAUGGACAUUUCUCGUCUUAUGGUUCAUGCCGAACUAAUUGAGGAGCAAAAUUUUAAUCAAGUUGGUAGGGAAUUGAAGAGGUCAAGGGCCGAUGAUGGAAAAUCUUCUAAGAUUAGGAUUGAAAUCCAAGAUAAGCCAAAGUUCAAAAAGAAGUUUUCCAACCAAGGUCCCCCUAACACUGCAAAGGUCAACAAAGGUAAAGUGUCUACGCCCAAGCCUCAAGAAGCAAGAGGUGGUGGUCCUUCUGUUGAGAAGCCUAUUUGUACAAACUGUGGUCGAAAACAUGAAGGCAAGUGCCUAGUUGGCACGGGUAAUUGCUAUGGUUGUGGUAAGAGCGGCCACAUGUGGAGGGACUGCCCUAUACUAAAGGCUCAAGGAAGGGAAAAUGCUCAAGCACAAGCAAGUGGCCCAAAUCCCAAUGCUCCUAAGAAGAAUCACUUUUAUGUUCUCCAAUCCCGAGGUGAUCAAGAGAGAUCUUCAAAUGUUGUGACUGGUAUGCUACAAAUAAACACUUUUCGGUUUCUACCCCGGUGGGUAAUUCCAUAG